CACUUUUCCGCAAAUCGCGCCUCUUCAAUUGCUCCUUUCGAGGACAAGCAGUUCUCUCAUCCGUAAACAUUCGUGUCCCUCGGUCCUUUCCCCCUUGGCUGGGGCAGCUCAUCCCCAAGUUCCUACGCCCCAACGUGAAAAUGGCCGUCCCGGAGACACACCCCGCUUCGCAAGGAAGCGUCGCAGACCAAAAUGCGCCUACGACCACACCUGCUGAACCGAGGAAGAAGCUCCUUGGAAGAGAGUUCUAUGAGAGCAUAGGAAGCCCAAAGUACAUCGUCGCACCCAUGGUGGACCGAUCUGAGUUCGCGUGGCGCAUGCUCACUAGGUCGUUCAUGUCACCGGAGGACCAGAAAAAGGUCCUCGCAUACUCCCCCAUGUACCAUGCGCGCCUGUUCCGUGAACAAGCCAAUGUUCGUGUCCAGCAUUUCCACCCGACUCGCGCUGCUGCCGGUAAAGGCAACGAUGAAUCGCCCUACCUCGAUGGAAACCCUUCGAUCGAUCGGCCGCUAUUCGUACAGUUCUGCGCAAACGAGCCGGAUGAUUUCCUGGAGGCUGCCCGUCAUGUGGUGCCAUACUGUGAUGCCGUGGAUUUGAACCUGGGAUGUCCUCAGGGUAUUGCGAGGAGGGGUCACUACGGAGCUUUUCUUCAAGAAGACUGGGAUUUGAUCUACCGGUUGAUCAACCGACUGCAUACCGAACUUCCGAUCCCCGUCACUGCCAAGUUCCGCAUUCAAGAGACCAAAGAGAAGACGCUCGAAUAUGCCAAAAUGAUCUUGUCCGCCGGAGCAAGCAUAAUCACGGUACAUGGACGGAGGAGAGAACAGAAGGGCCACAACACUGGGAUCGCUGAUUGGAGCUAUAUUCGUUACCUGCGCGACAACCUCCCCCCGGAGACUGUCAUCUUCGCGAAUGGCAACAAUCUGAACUAUGACGAUUUGGACCGUUGUCUGGAAGCAACAGGGGCCGACGGCGUGAUGAGUGCCGAAGGAAAUUUGUCCGACCCAGCGAUCUUCAGCAAGCCGCCUCCAGUCGGUAGUGAAGGACGAGAAUACUGGCGAGGCCGGGACGGAAAGGGUGGAUACCGCAUCGAUGCUAUGUUGCGACGCUACCUGGAUAUCAUCUAUAAGUACGUGCUCGAGCAGCCUGUUCCGGACAGGAAGCCUCUUUAUCUCCCAUCGGACGCCGUGGAGGAACCUGAGCAGGUACCCGAGUCUACCGAGGAAGCAGAAGAUGGACCGCCCAGGAAGAGACAGAAACGCGACAAGUCGAAGAAGGCCAACUCUCCCAGUCUUGGCGUGAUGCAGGGACACCUCUUCCAGCUCCUUCGUCCCAUGGUCUCAGAACACACAAAUGUGCGUGAUGCGCUCGCAAGAUCAAGACCCGGCGACAUGCCCGCAUUUGAAAACGUCCUCUCGCUCGUUGAGCAGGCUAUCAAGAAAGGUCUCAAGGAAUACGAACAGUUCCCGGAACGUUUCGAGCGGUCUCCUAAUGAAGAAUUGACCGGAUCCAAGGCGACUAUUGCCGAAUAUGGCAGACCCUGGUGGAUCUGUCAGCCUCACAUUCGACCCCUCCCCGAGGAGGCUGUCGAGCUGGGCGCUCUUACCAUCAAGAAGAAGGGUAAUGAUAAGGAAGACAAGCCCAAGGCGGACGAGUCGUCGGAUAAGGCCACUCCCGCAGAGGAAUCUUCUACUCCUUCCGGGGACCCGAACAAGGCUACUACCCCGGACGCCUUGGUGAGCGGUUGAUACGAUUAAGCAUUGGUGUUUGCGGAGUAACGGGAUAGCAUUAUACCCAGCCGGGCAUAGCUGACUACAUGUCCAUAUUGCUAGAUUUAGAAUUAGACGCCAGACUCGAUGGUACAUAGACUACAUCUACAC